UGAAGACCGGCCGGCGCGCUGUUACUCUGAAAAGCUCGUCUCGCUUCCUGCCUGACAGAGUUUACCUGCAGACGGUUUUCCCUUCAGGAAAAAAAGAAGUUCAACGCUGUCCGGAACCGAGCCGCCGCUCACCUGGACUGUACCUGCAUCACCUGAGCCUCCUGCAAAUCUCAGUUUUGGGGGAUUUCUGGGGGGUUGAAGAUGACUUUGAUUGACCUGAAAAAAGGUUUUUGGACCAGGGGUGCAGCGGCCUCUACGGCUCGCCGACGGUACUUCCGGAUCCAGAACGGAGACGGGAAGCGGGUUUGUGGACCGACUGGUUCAGCUGAGAUCUGGGGGCCGACCGGAAAAGUCCUGAACCUCCUGAGAGGAGGUUCUGAGGCCCAGAUCCCCAAGACGUCUCACACGAAGACUUGGGGUCAAAAGGUCAAGGAAACCCUGCAGAACCGGGACGACCCGCUGGUGAGGUCUACAACACAGCGUCAGCUCUGGUCCAGAUUCUGGGAGCUUCAGUUCUUUGGACCCAGUCUCAGAGGGACCAUCAGACCCACCAGACCUUCAACGGACCUUCACCCGCCUAUCAGCCCCCCCACAAUGCAAACCAGUUCACACACUGGUAGAACUGGUGAGAGAAGGAGGGGGAGGGGGCAAUCAAGGGCUCACACACCUGCUCUCUCUCCCUCUCUCUCUCUUUCUCUCUGGUUGGUGGCCCCCCCUCACACAUACACACCCUGUUUCUUUCGCCUUUUAAGGUGGGGCCCCGCCCCCGCAGUGAUGUCAGCGGCUCGGAGGAAGACCCGUGGGGUUUUUGGGUUCUGGCGUCCAGUCCUGUGGGGCCGCAGGGCUGAGAGUUUCUCCUCCGCUGCUCAUCCCUCCAUCCCGGGCCGCCGCUCCUCCUCUCUGCUCCUCUCUUUGGGGAAAAGAAAAAAGACACUUUGCUCCAUUCCGGACCGGCUCUUUUUUCUUCUGCUGCUCUCUGAGGAUUUUAUUUCUGUUUUCCCGCCUCCUGACUCUCUGCUUCCGCCGGUCCGACCUGUCGGAUGAAUUUUAAAAACCCAAACUUGAAUUUUCCUUUUUUUUUUUUGCCUCUUCAGUAAAAAGUCAAAAAGUCAAGAAGAGCUUUGAAACUUUCUCCUCCUUUCUUCUCCUUCAUCUUCGGAUUGUUCUGGAGGUUCUUCAGAAACGAUGAAGAGUUGGCCUCUGUCUGAGCUGUAGACGUUCCGACUUUCCUCUGGACUCCGGGAUCUGGCACUGCUCCCCCCCCCCCUCAGUCUUUAGCGUUUCCACGGCGGCGCCGCUGUGGUCGGAGAUGUUCGGCAUCCAGGACAACCUGCCCCGCGGGGCCACGGUCAGCAUGAAGGAGGAGCCCCUGGCCGUCCGCUCCUGGAUGCACGCGGCCGGCGUGGUGGACGCCAACACGGCCGCUCAGAGCGGGGUGGGGUUAGCUCGGGCUCACUUCGAGAAGCAGCCUCCGUCCAACCUGAGGAAGUCCAACUUCUUCCACUUCGUGCUGGCGCUGUACGACCGGCAGGGCCAGCCGGUGGAGAUCGAACGCACGGCCUACGUGGACUUUGUGGAGAAGGAGAAGGAGCCGAGUGGAGAGAAAACCAACAACGGGAUCCACUACAAGCUGCAGCUGCUCUACAGCAACGGAGUGAGAACAGAGCAGGACCUGUACGUCCGCCUCAUCGACUCCAUGACCAAACAGGCCAUCAUCUACGAGGGUCAAGACAAGAACCCAGAGAUGUGCCGGGUUCUGUUGACACACGAAAUCAUGUGCAGCCGCUGCUGUGAUAAGAAGAGCUGUGGAAACAGGAACGAGACGCCGUCGGACCCCGUCAUCAUCGACAGGUUCUUCCUCAAGUUCUUCCUCAAGUGUAACCAGAACUGUCUGAAGAAUGCCGGGAACCCGCGAGACAUGAGGAGGUUCCAGGUGGUGGUUUCAACAACAGUGAAUGUGGACGGUCAUGUGCUCGCCGUUUCUGACAACAUGUUUGUACACAACAACUCCAAACAUGGGCGGCGGGCGCGGCGGCUGGAUCCGUCUGAGGCAGCCACUCCCUGCAUUAAAGCCAUCAGUCCCAGUGAGGGUUGGACAACGGGCGGGGCCACUGUCAUCCUCAUCGGGGACAACUUCUUCGAUGGUCUUCAGGUGGUCUUUGGCACCAUGCUGGUGUGGAGUGAGCUGAUCACCCCCCAUGCCAUCCGGGUCCAGACUCCGCCCCGGCACAUUCCCGGGGUUGUUGAAGUUACGCUGUCCUACAAGUCCAAACAGUUCUGUAAGGGGGCACCAGGACGCUUCGUCUACACAGCGCUGAAUGAACCCACCAUUGAUUACGGCUUUCAGAGGUUACAGAAGGUCAUCCCCCGUCACCCUGGAGACCCCGAAAGACUGCCUAAGGAGGUCCUCUUGAAGCGAGCGGCUGACCUGGUGGAGGCGCUCUACGGCAUGCCUCACAACAAUCAGGAAAUCAUCCUAAAGCGAGCAGCGGACAUCGCUGAAGCUCUCUACAGCGUUCCCCGAAACCACAAUCAGAUCCCUACGCUCGGCAACACCGCCUCGCAUGGCAUGAUGGGAGUGAAUUCGUUCAGCGGACAGCUGGCUGUUAAUGUUUCUGAGACCACGCAAGUGGGUUACAGCAGAAACACCAGCAGCGUGUCACCACGAGGAUAUGCUCCAAGCUCCACCCCUCAGCAAAGUAACUAUGGUAACACCGUCAGUAACAGCAUGAAUGGCUACGGCAACACUGGCAUGCCAAACCUUGGAGUGGCGACAUCUCCUGGUUUCCUUAACGGCUCUUCUGCCAACUCUCCCUACGGCAGUAAGUAUCAAGUCGUCCCCUCCAGCCCCACUAUGGCCGUCUCCAACUGCAACUCCUCUCACGGAGUCUUCUCCUUCUCCACUGCUGUCAAACAGAAGAGCGCCUUCGCUCCCGUCGUCCGACCUCCAACGUCUCCUCCCCCUCCCCCCAACUGUUCUGCCAACGGCGCAAAUGGACUUCAAGCCAUGUCUGGCCUCGUCGUCCCGCAGAUGUAGACCUUUCUCCACCUUCCUCACCUGUUUCGCCACAAGCACCAAUCACCUCAGAGGGGGGGGGGCAGGGCCCCGGGAUGUGGAGCCUGGGGCAGCUGACCACAUCCUGUUGAUGUUGUCUGUCCGUGAUGGCAUGAAGACGAGGACUUUAUGAACAACAGUUUUCUGCAAGGACCUUCAGCUCCAUCUAUGUAGGACCUGUGUUGGGGGGGGUUUAAUGCAAAGCUGAUGGCCCCCCAUUCCCUAAAGCCACUUCCUCUGAAUGUGAAUUUGUUAGAGUGAAAAACACUUAAAGGCUUCAAAUGACUAAUAAACAGGACAGAUGCCAAACAUCUGAUGGUUCUGCAGCUUCAACCGCAUGACGUCUUUCUGCCGACUGGCUUCUUUAAAAGAAGCUGAACAUUUGUUUGUAGUGAAGCAGCUUCAUUCCCUGAAGCUUAAAGCUUCAGAGGAGCUCAGCGUUUAAAAUAAAGAAACUCCUUCAUUUGCAGGAAAAAUGGAAGCUUGUGAGUUUCUAAGAAGAAGGCAGUCGGGAGAAGUGAGCAGAAAAACAUUUCAAGGAAGAUGUCAAGGAAGGAAGCAGAAAAACUCCUCAAAUAGGAAUAAGGAUCUCUGAUGGCAGAGAGCAGAAGCAGUUCUGAAGCUGCUCAUCCUAACGCCGCGUCACACAGCCACAAUACGUACAAAUUUGCACGGAUGAAAAUUGGUGAUACAUGAAUACACGUGAAAAUAGUGAGAAACGUGGUGUUUACGUGAAAUUUUACAGAUGUAUCGCAAAUGAACCACGUUGAAACCACGGAAGAAGUACAAAUAAAUCAUGCAAAGAACACGUAAACCAACAUAAAACAGAAUCUGUGCGUGAAUAAUGUGCCUAUGACGUAAUUUUAACGUGAUACGUGCACCAUAUAGGUAAAAUUAAUUUAGAAAACGGUGAUACAUGCAUAGAAAGUCCAUUAGAUACGUGGAACGGUCGAGGAAAGCCACAAAUUUGUGUGUGUAUCUUGCAAAAAUCACGCACAACGGGACACACCAUCCCAUUCAUUUGAAUGAGGUGUGUCCAAACUUUUGGUCUACAUGUGUGACGAAAGACACGAAUUACAUACGUGGAAAAUGCCCAAAAGUGGCUGAGUGACACGGCUUUAGGGUAUGUUCAGGUGUUUGGUCCUGCUGGGAUCCAUUACUGACAGAAAAUGAGAACUGGACUGAGUGACCCCUCCCCUCUGGCGUUCCAAACAGGAAGUACCCGCUGGAUCCAAGAAGCUAAAAUUCCAUUGACCUCUGUUAAGACUUAAACAGCUGUCAGUCAUUCUAUUGGUCAGAUUACCCAUUGUGACCCUGAUACUUAUUUUUAACAUGUUAAAUACAAUCCAAAAGUUCAAGUUAUUCCAGUUAUAAACUGGCCAAUCAGGUGCCUCGCCAAUGUCCAACGUUCAAAACAUUUAACAGAUUUCAGGAAGCCCACUUUCAAGUGGUAGGGGUGUGGCUUUCUAACAAGCUCACCUCUGUUUGGUGAGGGUGGUUGCCAUUGAAACGAUUAGUCGGACCGACUCGGACCAAUCACUCCUUACUGACGACGUCUGGCAUCCGCACUGCAAAAAUUGGCGACUGGAUUGGCUUUAUUUUGUUGGACUGGAAUAAACCAUUUUCUGUGGAUGACAUAACACCGACUCAGUCCAGAUCUCAUGUACAGUCAAUGGUUAUAUUGGAUAUUCCACUUCAUUUAGUAGAUGUAAAAACGUCCAUGAGCUGGGUGAACUGAACUGUGGAACAGAACAGAACAUUAAUGGACCCAAAAGGAAAGAAAACUGUUCAGCAUGGAUCUAAAGAAAACGUGGCGUAGGGAUGAAGUAGAAACGGUUCAUUACGUUUCAUCUCUUUUUCGUCUUUUAUUGUUCCACCCUGAUCAGAUCUCUUUCGGACAUUUCUGUCCACAAACCAGCAGCUGUUGUAACUGCACUACUUUUCCUCGUGGUUCGGUCCGCUUCACUUUUUGAGUUUCUCGCAUUGUUAUUGAUGUAAAAGUUUGCAGACUCCGCCCACAGGACCAGUCGCUGGCGAGUUCACCACAUCAGUAGUGCCAAAUGCUCGUUUUGAGAUGAACAUUCAUUUGAGGCCUUUAAUGGAAUCACAACCUAAGCUCACAGAUUUGUGAAAGCACAAACUGUAAAAAAAAACUGAUGAUAAUCAUCUUUUGUCUUUACUAUCCCCGCCUAGUGUUCAAGAAGCCCCGCCCCUUUUUGUCUUUUCUUUGUGCUUGCACUGUAAAACCAAGUCCUGCAUUCUGAUGCUGCUGUUCCUGUCUGUCUCCUUGUUCAAAGUUGUCUUUCUUGACCUAGCCCCACCUACCACCCCAUGCCCCGCCCUCAGCACCAGAACCCCGCCCCCAUGUUUUCUCUGUGGGUUUCGUGAUUUUUUUGCCAAAAUUGUAGCUGGCUGAAUAUUUACACGUCACUGUGGUUGAUGACACGCCGUCACAGAGGAAACUUGCGUUUGUAUCAUACAGAGUAUAAAUACAGUAUUUAUACUGGACAGUUUUUGUAAAAAUGGAUGUUUGUCAUGUUGUUGUCAUGCAGUUUCAAGUCUGUGUGUGUCUGUGGUGGUGCCACACUGAAAAGCAACCGUUGUUUUGUAUCAGAGAAAAAAACGUCUUCACACAUUUGUAGAGCUGUCAAUCAAAGUUGAUGUCAAACCAGAGCCACUGUUGGGGUUUAAAUGUACAUUUUGUUUUACGACCAUUCAGAGACGGUUUCUUCACACUGAAUAAAGUCAGCAGGAUCUUCUGAUGAC